AUGCGGUUCAACGACGGCAAACGAUCUUUGGUGGUAAAGUUCAUUGUGUUUCUAGCAAUUCCUCCUGUUUUGUACAACUUUGUGGAAAUUAGUGAGUUUUCAAACAAUGUUUUCGAGUCCGUUGGUCUGAAAAAGACUGCCGAAGCCAGGGAGUUGGAAGGUGGGCAUUUGAAGGUGACCGACAGCCAUCAUGCCAUUUUAUUGAACAAGCUCAGCCAUCAACUGGAUGAACUGGAUCUUCCACCAGAACAGGAACAAGAGUUGGUGGAGAGUUUUCUUGCGGAAAUGAAGAAGAAGCACACUGGUAGCAAGAAUCUCAAUAAGGAGAAAGACUCUUCAGUUUUGGAUGGCGAAAAGGAGACAGUGGAGACAAAAGCGACAACAGGAACGACUCCAAAUCCAACCAAGGCAGCUGCUGCUCCUAAACCCACCAAACCAAGUCCCACAGAAGCCGAACUGCCAAGACCAAAAUAUGACAUUGCGGACAAUACAAACUACCCACUGAUUCCUGUGAUUGACUACAACUAUGAGCACGAUUUUGUCCAAUACCGAGACCACCGAAACAGAUUUGCACUGCCCGAGUGGCUGGACGAAUUCUUAAAGACCCAACCUGCCAACAACCCACAAUCCCAUCAUGAAAUGCUCACCAAUCCAGACAACAAAUUCAUUGUCAUAACCUGCUACAAAUAUGGCAAUAAAAAGCUAGAAGACUGUGGUGGGCUUUCCGAUCGAUUGGCACUAAUGCCCUACCAGCUGUGGUUGGCACACAAGACAGGACGCAAGUUCUUGAUCAAAUACUACAAACCACUCCCCUUUGAAGAAUUCUUAGUCCCACCACCAGAUGGUUUUGAUUGGAGACUACCAGAUGGGUAUUUGAUGGACGAAUGGUACGAAUAUGGCAAUCGCACUGCAACCCAAUACAAGGCUGAACGAAGAGUUGCCUGGCACAAGAGAAUGGAACAGGACGAAUGGAAAGACAAAAAAGUCAUCUUCAUGAAUUCCAAUUUGGCCAUUCCAGAAGUCCGACCACAACAAGACAAGCUUGUGGGGACACCAGAAGAUGAACUCUGGCCAGCGCUCUUUCGACGUCUCUUUCAACCUUCCCCCGGAGUGGCCAAGUCCCUGUCACCUCUCACCGAAAAAGUAAAGGCAGGGACUUAUGCUGUGGCGCACGUGAGAGCAAAAUGGCCCAAUCCAGCCUUUGGUAGACUCAAGUACAAGAAUCAAAAAUGGUGGAAGGCAGAUAAAGAAGGUGGUGAAUUAGACAUGGAGGAUACCAACACCAGUCGCAUUAUUUCCACCUUGGCCAACCAUGCCGUUGAAUGUGCCGUCCGGAUCAUGCCAGAAACGGAAUAUGUGUAUCUUGCCAGUGAUUCUUCAGAAUUGGUUGUUUACUUGCAAACGCAGAGUCCAUAUUGGAGUAGUACUGGUGAGAUUUCGAAAAUGAGCUGGCCUGGGGCAGAUCCUGCCAUGGCCAAUAGUACCAAUGCCACGGAACAUGGUUGGGGUGUCCCAGCUUGGGAAAUCCCCACAACCGCAAGGACAAUUGCAAGACCAGAUUUUGAAAAGGCGGCACCACAUUUUGAUGGUGCCAAAUGGGAUCGACCCGAAGGUGGAUACCCGGUCUUUGAGGACAUGUGGAUGUUGGCACAUGCCAAGUGCCAUACCACUGGAGUGGGUGGGUUUGGACGACUGGGGUCGGUGCUAUCGGGUAAUCGAAAAAUAUGCGCAUCUAGACAUCGCGAUUAUAACGAGAUGGCAUGGUCAUGUCCUACUCCCGACGAAAGAAAGGCGUUCAAGGCAAUACACCCUGGGAUCAAACGACGGAGGAGGAGACAGAGGAGACGUCGUCGGAACUAG